GUGACUGAUCCCCGCGCUACACGAAAGGUGGCUAAGUAGGAGAGAGAAAUUAAACUUUUUUUAGAGAGAGAAAGUGUUCGUUGGGAGAGACGUUAUCGGACUUCAAACGUCUUUUUCUUCAACUCGCCGGUGAUUUGGAUUUUCCAGUUUCAAGUCCGGCGUUAUUUUUGUGGGUUCUGUUUCAUAAUUCUUUGUUUUACGCCUGAUUUCGGAAUUCUAGGGUUAGGGUUAGGGUUUAUUCAGUUUCAAGAGUUUGAAAUCUUGGUUCUGCCCUAAUCAAAAUUGAGGAUUUUUUUUAUGAAGUUGGGUUACUGGGUUGAUUUCUGUUGUUUCAAAUCGGUUGAAUUAUAGUUUGAACCAAUGUUUACGCCCCAGAAGAAGGUUUUUUCGGCUUGGUCGCCGAGGAGAGAGAAUCAGAAAACUCCGGUGGUGAAUUCAAAUUCUAAUGCUAGAAUUUCUGAAAAUGGAAAUGGAGACGGACUUGAAGAUUUGGAUGGGAAGGUUGCUAAGCUUGAAAAUGAGCUAUUUGAAUACCAAUACAAUAUGGGACUUCUCUUGAUUGAGAAGAAGGAAUGGAGUGCUAAGUUCGACGAUCUCCAACAUGCAUUGGCAGAGCAGAAAGAUGCACUAAAGCGAGAGCAGGCAGCUCAUCUUAUUGCAAUGUCUGAUCUCGAGAAGAGAGAAGAAGAUCUGAGGAAGGCGUUGGGUGUUGAGAAACAGUGUGUUCUUGAUCUGGAGAAGGCCUUGCGUGAGAUGCGAUCAGAAUAUGCUGAAAUUAAAUUUACAUCUGAUUCAAAGUUGGCUGAAGCCAAUUCUUUGGCAGCUAGCAUUGAGGAAAAAUCAUUAGAAGUUGAAGCAAAACUGCGUGCGGCUGACGUUAAGUAUGCCGAGGCAAGUAGAAAGAGUUCUGAAAUAGAGAGAAAAAUGCAAGAAGUAGAAAGUCGAGAAAGUGCUCUUCGAAGGGAGCGGUUGUCUUUUAACUCAGAGAAAGACACACAUGAUUCAAAUUUUUCUAAACAAAGAGAAGACAUGCUAGAAUGGGAGAGGAAGCUACAAGAAGGAGAAGAGAGAUUGUGCGAGGCUCGGAGAAUCCUCAACCAAAGGGAAGAGAGAGCCAAUGAAAUUGACAAGGGCCGCAAGCAGAAAGAGUAUGAACUAGCGGAGAUACAGAAGAAGAUAGAUAAAGCUAAUAUGGAUAUGAAGAAGAAAGAGGAGGAUAUAAGCCAAAGGCUAGCUAACUUGACUGUAACAGAGAAGGAAGUUGAUGCCAUGAAAAGGAAAAUCGAAGAAAAAGAGAAGGACCUACUUGCUCGGGAAGAACAGCUUAAUGAGAGAGAAAAGAACGAGCUCCAAAUUCUUCUCGAUGAGCACAAUGCUCAAUUAGAUGCUAAGAAACAGGAGUUUGAGUUUGAGAUGGAUAAGAAGAGGAGAUCUGUUGACGACGAAUUGAAAGAUAAGGUUAUUGAAUUAGAGAAGAAGGAAGUUGAAGUCAGCCACGCCGCAGAAAAAAUUGCAAAGCGUGAACAGGCUUUGGAAAAGAAAUUGGAGAAGUUUAAGGAGAAAGAGAAUAACCUGGAAUCAAAAGCAAAAGUGUUGAAGGAAAAAGAAACUAGCACCAGGGAAGAGAAUAAACAAUUGGAGAAGGAAAAGAAACAAAUACUGAUGGAUACUGAGAAUUUACUGAAGCUCAAAGAAGAACUGGAGAAUGUUAAAGCUGCAAACGAAAAACAAUUGCUGAGGAUACAUCAAGAGAAGGAAGAGCUACGAGUGACUGAAGAAGAUAAGUCAGAGCAUUUACGUCUCCAGUCUGAACUAAAGCGAGAGAUAGAAGAGUGCAGAUCACAGAAGGAAGUACUUUUGAAAGAAACUGCUGAGUUGAAACAGGAAAGGUUGUCAUUUGAGCAAGAUUGGGAAUCACUGGAUGAGAAGAAGGCAGAAAUUGAACGAGAGUUGAAAAGGUUAGCAGAAGAGAAAACGAAGUGGGAAAAAUGGAGACAUUUGGAAGAGGAAAGAUUGAGGAAUGAGAGUCUGGCUUCUCAGCAGAAGAUGGAAAGUGAGCUUAAAGCUUUUGAAUUAGAAAAGGAUUCAUUUGAAGCUCAGAUGGUUUAUCAGAAGUCUAUUUUGUCAGAGAGAGAAGAGACUGAAAAGAGGAAACUGGUUGAUGAUCUUGAACGGCAGAAAAGAGACCUUGAGAUUGAAAUGCGGAAGAUGUAUGAAGAGAAGGAAAGAGAUCUUUCUGAAAGAGAGAGAUUGUUUGAGGAAGAGAGAGAGAAGGAACAGAACAACAUUAAUUACUUGAGAGAAGUAGCUGAAAGGGGAAUGUCAGACAUGAAAGAGGAGCAAAGGAGGAUUGCAAAGCAAACAGAAGAAGUGGCUGCUAGUAAGAAAGAUUUGGAAGGGCGUAGACUGGAAAUUCAGAAGGAUGUUGAUGAGCUUUUUGUUCUUAGUAGCAAAUUGAAGGAUCAGAGAGAGCAGCUUGUAAAGGAGAGGGAGAGGUUCGUUGCUUUUGUUCAGAGAUUUAAGAGUUGUGGGCAAUGCGGUGAAGUAACCCGCGAAUUUAUGCUCUCUGAUCUUCAAUUUUUAAAUGAAAUUGAGAAUAGGGAAAUUCUUCCUCUGCCAAAGCUAGCUGAAGAUUAUAUCAGAAAUAGCUUCAAGGAGAAUCUACGUUCAUCUGAGUCUCAGUAUGAUGAGAGAUCCCCUGUUCCUGGAAAUAUGGAAUCUACCCCAGGGAAAACUGUCUCUUGGUUCCGGAAAUGCACAAAAAAGAUACUGCAGUUAUCACCUAUCAAAAGAGAAGAACCAGCUGCAAGGGAGAACCCUGGUGGAGAGGGCUCUCCGGUAGACCAGGAUGCUAAUGCAGGCCCAGCUUCUGAUAGACAUGACAAUGUUGAAGAAAUGCAAGAAUUGUCAUUCAGAGUGGCAAGUGAUUCGUUAGAUGUCCAGGCAGCCGAUGAGAGUGUCAGGGGGCAAGAAGGUGAGCAAGAUCCUUCAGUUGGGGCAUGGGGUAAUACUGACAACGGUAAGGAACCUGAACCGUCCCAGAACUCUGAUUUGAACGGUCAACAUAGAGUUGGAAAGAGUAAGCUCACAGUUCGGACACGUUCAGUGAAGGAUGUAAUUAGAGAUGCUAAGGACAUUGUUGGUGAUUCUGUUGAACUGAGUGCUAGUGAGCAUCCAAAUGGUGACGCCGAAGACUCUACACACGUGGAUGGUGGGAGUCGGGAGGUUUCUGGCCUCGCAGAUAAAGAAAAUACAAAGAAGGGAAGAAAACGUGGUCGUGCUCUCACUUCGCAAGCUACCGCAAGUGAGCAGGAUGAUGGGGAGAGCGAAGGUCGUUCUGAUAGUGUUGUUGCUGGUGGGCCCAGAACGAGGCGACGAAAAGUUGCUUCAGGCGCUCAAGCACCUGUUGAAAAACGGUAUAAUCUCCGGAGGCCAAGGAAUGUUACCACAAGUGCAGCUGUAAAAACCUCAUCUGGUACAAGGAAAGAUAAUGAUGGAGAAGAUGAACAAAGGGAGAUUCUAGAUGGAAAUUCAAAACCCGGGCCAUCUCAUUCAGUGGGAGUUGCUAGUGAUGAUGGCGCAACAAGUAUAAACUUGAUGGAGGUGACUCAGGUUGAAAUUGAGGAGGUGAACAUAUACAGUACCCCUGUACCUAAAAGAAAGAGUAAGAGUACUGGUGAGUAUGGUGAUGAGGAUUAUAGUGUUGCGGAGGAAGAGGACAAUGAUGAUGGUGAUGAUGAUGGUGAAGAUGAUGAUGAUGAUGAUGAGGCUGAGCACCCAGGAGAAGCUUCAAUAGGAAAGAAGCUGUGGAAAUUCUUGACUACAUGAUGAUGCAUAAUGAAGCAUUUAUCAUCAGCCAAUUACAGCUUUUGCUCUUCAACUGUAUCACCAUUGAUUUAUAUCCCCUUUAACUCUUCCUUUUAGGAAUGCCCAUGUAUUUGUGUAUUAGCAUUAUCGAAUCUAGAGUUGUGAACCGCGGAAUCUCUAUACAAAGUCUUAGGAAGAGUUCCGUUUAGUCUGUGUCUGAUGCUUUCUGGUAGGAGUAUAUUCCAAUCUUUUGUCUAUUAUUUACAGGAGAUUAGAUGAGUCUAGUUGUGGUCUGUGCGUUGGUUUUUUUACGCGGGACUUAGCUUACCACAUUGUUUAGUGAAAGUCAGGUUUGUUUGUAUCAUUGGUUUGGAGAUUAUUGAAAUCUUUUGCUCAUUUUGUAUUCUCUUA